UGAGAUUGAAAAUUGGUAUUCUAAAUUUGCAAACUUGCUUAAAAUCGUUGUAUGUAGAUCAACACAUAAACGACGUCGCAUCGUUUUCAUCUACCUUCCUUUUAGUAAUUGAUACUCCGCUUCAUCGUCAGAUCUGAUCAAAUCUCUUCACCGACAUCAAAAAGCUCCGGCGAAACCCAAACAAAUCGGCAGAAUGUCUCACAACGAUACGAUUCCGCUCUACCAAUCGUCCCAAUCAGACAUCGACGAGAUCGAGAACAUGAUGAACGGCGGACUCCAAUCGGGUCCCGGAACCGUCCUCCCCGCGCGUCCGCCGAGCCCGAUCCGUCCCUCGAUCCCCGUCUCAUCCUCUCCCUUCGUCCAAUCCAACCUCCCUCCGCUUCCGCCGUCUUCAUCCUCCGUCCCAGCCCCUCCGUCGCUUCCGCCGGCAGUUAACUUCGGCAGCUCGGAAGGCUCGAAGACGAUCGGAUUCGGGUCUCCGCCGAACACGUUGACGGAGCCGGUGUGGGACACGGUGAAGCGGGAUCUGUCGAGGAUCGUGAGUAACCUGAAGCUGGUGGUGUUUCCGAAUCCGAAUCGGGAGGAUCCUGGGAAGGCGCUUAGGGAUUGGGAUCUGUGGGGUCCGUUUUUCUUCAUUGUCUUCUUGGGCCUUACGCUUUCGUGGUCUGCUUCGGUUAAGAAGUCAGAAGUGUUUGCCGUGGCAUUUGCACUACUUGCAGCUGGAGCGGUGAUCCUCACACUAAAUGUACUGCUCCUGGGAGGACAUAUAAUCUUCUUCCAAAGCCUAAGCCUUUUGGGAUACUGUCUAUUCCCACUGGACGUUGGAGCAGUGAUCUGCAUGUUGAAGGACAAUGUUAUACUGAAAAUGAUCGUAGUCACUGUGACCCUUGCCUGGAGCUCGUGGGCUGCUUAUCCUUUCAUGAGCGCCGCCGUGAACCCAAGAAGAAAGGCUCUUGCACUUUACCCGGUCUUCCUCAUGUAUGUGUCUGUUGGAUUCUUGAUCAUUGCCAUUGAUUAAUACGUACCAUAUUUCAGUUUGAAAUCGUUUGGUAUACAGAGUAGUUAGAAGUUUUCCCAGCUGCGUUUUAAUCUGAGUUUCAAUGAGAUCAUAUGUAUAAUAUGUUCUUCAGCACCUUUUUCUGUUAAACUCUGGUCUGAGUUUAUAUGUUUUUGCUCCGUGUAUGAAACUUGCUGUUUUUUUUUUU